GCUCAUCACAGUUGUACCUGAGAGUUUGGCCAGGUAGGAAUAAGAAUCACUCUUUCAUACCCAAGAGUACCCACAAACCAGCUAAAGGAGCGUCUGAAAACGCCAAAGUUUGCACCUCCGUGUUGUUUCCACCUUUUUACUUUCAUCCAUUGUGCAUGUGCUUGUAUUUCUUUCCGACAGCAACAUUGUUGUGCCGUGCCGAAGCAAAAGCUUUAAAAGUUAAAAAUUUGUACAUAACACCGAACCCUCAAAUACUUUUUGUAUGACUCGUGCCUGUGAACUCCAAAAGAGUUGCAUAAAUAAAUAAUCUCGUGGAGGUUUGUUUAUCAACAAGUGGAUGUGUGAGAAUUGAUUUCACGCAAAUAAUCGAAUCUAGAGAUCAGAGUUGAAAUCAAUUACACGCGGAAGUGAGUGGAACCAAUAAAUUUGCGUUUGAGUAAAAUUAUGUUUGCAACAAUUUGCCAUUAAACGGAACUUAAACCUGAACUUUGAGUCUUGAUUAUUGUUUCACUCUUCUGAGCGAAGUGGUUUUGGAACUCUGUCAAGAUUUUUUGAGACUUUUGAGAACCAGCAGUAGCACCGUCUGUCUGUGGUGAAGAAGUCCCAUUACGUACGUAUUAUUGCGUUCUCUGAUAGUGGUGCUGGUUCGGUUAAAUUCCCAAGGCUGCAUGCCGAAAAAAAAUCCAGUUUCACCUCAAGGAAUUAAUCAGAAGGACAUACAAAUCCGUAGUGUUUUGAUCCCUCAACAUUACGAAUUGCAACCGCCUACCACGGACUGUACAGCAACAAAUGACGGCAACAAAUCCUCAAAGUUGGUGUUGAAAUCUGAGGCCUGAAAUCCGCCCGGGAUAUUGUGUCGUCGUAUAAAAUUGUUCACUGUGCCAUAUAUUGAUCAAAAUUGGCAAGGAAGCAAUCAUCUCGUUAGUUGGGUGCAGGACAGGAGAAGCGCUCGUGAAUGGAAUUUUGAACACAUUUGCAAGACAUGCCAUUCCCAAGUAGAACAGAUUGAAUUGGAUUUUUUUGUCCCUCUCCGUCUCCUACCUCGAGGAAGGAAUUGACGGUAAAUGAAGGACUGGCUGAAGUAAAAAUCAUCACAAGUAGCUCAUUGACCAUUGGCUUGUCCAAAUGAACUAUACGUCGAAAAUACGAGACAUUUAAGAUCCUCCAUCCUUGUGUGUUCUCCUCGAUUCUCGAAAUCCCAACUCAUCAUCCGCAUCCCAGACAAAACAGCCAGCCAGCCAAGCCCUCAAGUCACAAAACCGAAAUAGAAUCUCAAUUUAUCCUGCAGUUCGCCUCCACGUAUGUACACAUCGUAGAAGGGUCCAAUUUACUGGGCCUCUAAAGACAAUGGAAACCAAUCAGCUUGGUUCAUGUCAUUAGAAUAUUGUUGCCCUCCGAAGACCGACAUUCGAUAUUCAUAUCACUCACUCACUCACUCAGCCACUCAUAAUAAUCACAAGUGGUCGAGUGUGUCGAGUAAGAGAUGAACUAAUCCUUAGAGAGGAAACAGAAGAUGAGGAAUUGCAAUUGCACACCUUGAAUCCAAAAGCCAAAGUGGGACACACCUUGAAUUCUUGAGCCGAGCAGAAGUGAUUUAUCAUUUAUUUUGUUCCAAGUCUCAAACAUUAGGAAUCUCAUUGUGCUGCUGCUGCUGCUUACUUGACUAAAAAGAGUGGACGACACAUUGGUCAUUUAAAGUUUAAUGGAGCUUGGCCGUCAUAGGGAAAGAGCUACAGUGUAAAAGGGAAGGAGAGAAAAAAAUCAACGUGAAUGCAAAUGUGAGUGAAUAUAAAAUCAAACCUGAAUAAGCGGAUCCGAAUGUAAAGACGCAAAAUAAAACUUGUUUUCAUGAACGGUGCCCUUUUCUGAAGAACAAAGAUGAUGCAGAAAAAUACCAGAGCGGAGUAAACAAUACGCAAAACAUUCGUAUUAUAGCUCGUCGAUUUACUAACUGCUUCAAAGGGAUAAACGCCUGUCCUCUGAAUAAAGCAAUUGAUGCGCCAUUAUUAUGGACCCAGCUCUUCUGCCUGCCUAACUCGUAGCUAAUGAAUGGGAAACAAUAUAAUCUCGUGAAAGUAAAUUUCAACUUUUGCAUGCCAACUGCAGCAAGGAUAAUUGGUUGCACGUCGUCCUCGUCUUUCACUGAGAAUUAAACUCGGCAUUCAACAUGGAAAGCUGCUUUAAUGCCGGCGACAUCACCGGAGCCGUGAUUGGCACUUUUGUGGCCACUUUAAUCCUUAUGGGAAUUAUUUGGCUCGUGUACACAAAGAUGAAGAAAAGGAAGGCAAAAAAGUCUGGAAUGAUGGAUUUGGUGAUAGUGGAAGAAGGUCGGGGAGAUAAAGAUGCAGAUAAACCCUCAAUUUAUGACAAUCCCGGAUUUGUCGAUGACUCAAUGGACCCGAAAAAAUCUGGUCAACAAUCCGGAAACGAUGUGAAAAUGAACGGUUCCAAAAAGCCGAUGUCCAGCGAAGAUGGAGGCAAAAAGGUUCCAUGGGGGCCAUUCAGAUUUCUCUUCAAAUCUCGGAGUGCGUUGGACGAUUCGGUGAUGGAGGAGCCCCAGAAAUAUUCUGUUGCCCUCAGAGGUCACGACUUCACGGGCUUGGGAUUCAAUAUCUGUGGAAAUAUGAAGGAAGGUAUUUAUGUGAAGGAUGUCAUGCAACGUGGUCCUGCUGCAGAGUCCAAGCACAUUCUUCCAGGUGACCAGAUCACCAGCAUGACUGUCUCCUUCCAACAAAUGGUACUGGAAGACGCAGUAACUUUGCUGAGCUACGCCUCGCCUUAUGAAGUGUCGCUUGAGAUGAUGCGCCAUCCAGAAAAGUCCUUGCACCACAAAGGGCUUUUCGUGUCCCCAGUUACGCAUCCGUCGAGUUCCGGUCAGUCGGGUACUCUCGAGAGGGUGUGUCAUCCAUUCUUUAAGAGUCAAUCAAUCGACGACUUGAGAAAGGUGGGAAAAGAACAUUUGGAUCAGCAAGUGAGUCGUAGUAAAAAACAGACGAACGGAAUGAAGCUUUCAUCCUCAUCAUCAACAACAAUGGAAGUUCCAACCGUGGUGGUUGGUUCUAAUGAGGCUCGAUCACAAAAGUCGUCUUCACAGUCCCCGAAUGCCAAUUUAGGUUUGGGAGCAGGUAAACUAGGCCUGAAGGCUCAUCAUCCAAAGCAAAUCUCUGUUGAUGAAGUGGACUCAGCCAGAGGUCCCAUUUUCCCAGAAAUUAAAGUGUCUGCAAAGAUGUCCAAACCAGAAAUCAUUCCACGAGCCAAGUCAAAAGUUACUAAUGUGAAGAAAGAUGCUCCUCCAGACGCUGCUGUUGCUCCUCCCGCUGCUUCAGUGGUGGUCGUGGAGGCAAUUUCUCCCGUUGUUAAAAUGUCUGCAGACUUUGAAAAGAUGGUCGAGGAACACUCCAUCUCGCAACAAACGAACUCGGCUGAUUUUGGCAUUAAAGGCCCCAAGUCAGCCGCUGUAAUUGAGGUUGAACCCAUGGAAGUAGUACUCCCGGAAUUGCAAGCUCCAAAUAUGCAGGACAAAAUUCCUUCCAUGAUGAUGUUGAGUGGAGAAAGUUCCGAUCUAAGGAAGCAGGAAGUGAAAGGUCCUCACGUGGAAAUUGAAAUGAUGGCUCCGGAACUGGCUAUGGGGAUGCAAGAGGAGUCCAGUGUGAAAAAGCCACAACGGGGACAGAAGGGCAAAGACAAAGCUGACAAAAACAAAGAGAAGGAGGCAAAGAAGGAGAAAGCAAGUAAGGAGAUGAAGGGCGAUGGCGAACAACAAUCGCCAGAAAAAUCCAAGUUUAGUAAAUUCGGAUUUAACCUCCCAGAUAUCAGCCUAAAUUUUGGUAAAAGCAACAAAUCAGGAGAGGAGAAAGAGAAAGAAAACAAGGAUGUUGGGGUUUAUGAAGAGGUUGAUGAGGUGGUGGUGGUGGAAAUGACGAAGGAGGAAAGUAAGCAGCAGAAGCCGGACAAAGAGAAAAAGGACAAAUCCUCCAAGAGCAAAGAUAAAGAGAAAAAGGAAAUGAGUUCAUCAUCAUCCAAAGGUAAGAAAGAGGAUGCAAAUGAAAAUGAGCCAGUAACUACGACAUUCACAUCCGAGUCAUCCUCGUCAUAUCAUCACGAGGAAAUGGUUGGUGAAAAGAAGCCUUUGGAGAAAUCCUCUUCUUCCGGAUUUGGGUUUCACCUCAAAUUUCCAUCAUUUGAUAAACCAAUUUUGAAAAGAAAAGACAGCAGUGGAAGCAAUUCCGGGGAGAAAGAGGGAGAGAUGAUGGUGGAUAAAGAUCCAGGUGCUAAGCCAGAAAGCCCAUCAAAACCAGCCAAGGCCACAAAAAUCAAGAAAGAAAGUAAAACAAAAGAGGAUAAAAGUCGCCCAACAUCACCAGCUUCCAGAGAAUCCGAUGAUUCCACCGAAAAUAAUGAGACGAUGACUAUGAAACCUUCCGCGGACCCAUCAGAUUCGGCUGAGACUGAAAAGUCAUCAUCGCCUAAAAAAGGAGGCGGUGGUUUUCACAUGCCUCACUUGGGAAUAAAACUUCCUAAAUUUGGACACAGCAAACAAACUUAUUCUUUUGAGAAUGCAGGUGAUGGGUCAGCAAAAGAAAGUAAACAGAGUGAAAUUCCUAAAAAUAUCGAAGAGUCAUCCUCCUCCUCCGUAAAAGUUGAGCUUACUGCUGAUGCACCGGAUUUCUCAAAGUCUGCCAAAUCCGUUGACGAUGCUGCCAUGAAAAUUCAGAGUUCUGAGAUGUCAAUCUCCAAGUCCAAGAAACCACCACCUUCUGCUUCAUCGUCCGAGGUGGAAGCAGCUAGUUUGCCAUCCAUGGAAGCGAGACCCUCCUCACCUAUUGGGGUGAGCUACGGGCUCUAUCCACCCUCCGUGGAGAGUGAGAUAAAGGACAAGGAAGCAAUGUCUCUGGGAAGAUCACGCUCUCCAACGCCGCUUGGUGAUAGGGGGACUAGGGACAAGACGAUGAAAUCCGAGGAAGAUUUGACAGAAAAGGAUGGGAAAGGUGAGAAAAGUGGAGAAAGCAAACCUGGUAUUGUAUCAAAAGUAUUGCGUGACUUGAAAGAGAAAGUUUCGGGAAAGCGGUCUCACGAUGGUCAGCACCAGCAGCAGCAACAUAGCGGUGCUCACAACAAUGGCAGUUCCAGUGAGGACGAGGCUGAUGCUGAAGAGCAGGGAAAAGAGGUGAAAGCAGCCAAAGAGAAGGUGAAAUUGGACAAGAAGGCUGCAAAGGAGGCGAAGGAGAAGGCAGCAGCCGAGGCAAAAAAGGAGAAAGAAAGGUUGAAGGCAGAGAAGAAAGUUAAGAAAGCAGAGCUUAAGGCAAAGAAACAGGCUGCAACUAGCGGUCAAUCCAGCGACUCCUCGUCAUCAUCCUCUGAUGAAAGUGAUGCUCAAGACAAGGAUAAAAAAGUUAAAAAGGAUAAAAAGAAAUCAAAGUCAGCAAAGUUGAAGGACAAGGAAAAGAAAUCUGGGAAAACUAAAGCAACGGCCAGCAGCCCACCUCCUGUUGAGACGAUUGAGAUUGAGACGGAAACAUUUGAGGAAGUGGCGUCAAUGUCACAGCAGCAACAAAAUAGUGACACACAAAUGGAGCAAAUGGUCAAAAGUGGUGGGGAUGACAAGCCACCUGUUGCCCCCAGAAAGUCCAAAGAAUCUGCCAAGGCGAAAGAAAAGGCUUUGACUACUGAGGAAUCCACAAAGUCCACAAAGGAUAAAAAGCCCAAAAAGGAAAAAUCAGAAAAGAAACCAAAAUCUAAGGAUAAAAAGGGGAAAAAAGAUGACAGCAGUUCCACAAGUUCUAGCAGCUCUUCCUCGGACAGUGAGGACGAGUCUUCUGGAAAACCAAAAAAACCAAAACGAUCAGCAAAGCGGAAAGCUCCUGUGCCCCCAACUUCCACGACCACCACGACCACCGUCACUGAGACAGUUCAUGAGACUAUGACUUACGCUGCCGACGCCGCAACGUCCGCCGAUGUUCAGCUUAACGAAUCCUAUUCCAAAACACCAGAAAGCGGAAGAAGGUCUGCGUCGUUCGGUGACUUGUCGAGUUUACAACCAAAGCUGAAGAUGGAUAACAUGGACAGGACAAUGUCUUUAGACAUGGCGGCUGAAAAUGAACAAAUGAGUACAACAAGCAGUACUAUGCCAGUUGCUGGUCCCGUGGAUGAUUUGAGCGCAGAUCCGGAUUCCAAAGUCAUAAUUCCUCAUUUUACCAGAUCAUCACAACAACCAAACCUCACGACUCGUUUGGAGGAAACUUCUUCCAGUUCCAGCUCUGAAACUCUCAGAGCAGCAGCAACAGCAGCCACUUCCGUGGUACACGUUCACCCAAAGGAGUCCUCCGUUACUGUAGUCACCCACACCACCAACGACAUUCCCCCAGUUAGUGACGACCUGCCAUCCGGUCUCACGUACGGUCUUACCCCCACCACCACGACCAUUCAGCAAAUCAACGUUGGCUCCUCAGACCCCAGUUCAACAAUUCAACAGCCACAACAUGGUGCAUCCGAAAUUCAGAGAAUGAUGGACGAUACAAUUUCCAUGAUGAACAGCAUUGCACACAAAAUGGAUAGUCCAUCCCUGGUACAUUCAGUGCUAGAGAAAGAACACCAAAGUGGUGGAGUAACUUUCUCCACAGUUCAAUCUCAACCUGCCCCCGCUACCUCCAGCACCAUGACCAUUUCUUCAUCCUCCUCGGAUGCGAUGACGAAGGACGAGGCUGAGAUGUUGGCUCAACAAACUGUGGAUGACAUAAUCGCUCAUGUGAACAAAAAUGGGGGAACCCAAGUGCAUGCAAAUGGUGGUGGGACAGGCGGACAUGAGUCCAUGGCGUCCAUUGGUGGAUUAGGGGCCCGGUCAAUGGAAUCGUCGAGCAAUACUGUGAGAAACGUUACAGUGACCAGCAUCCAUCAAAGCAUGACGGCGAAGGAUGACCAACAUCACCACAUGGUGGAAGGUGAUGAUUCUGCUUCUUCUGCCACUAACAAAGCUUCUGUACUAAGGGGUGACAGUAAAUCAAGGCUUAUGCAAACGGUACAAGACGCCAAUACGAUCAAACUAAACCCCAUUUCCCCCUUAAGGAAAGACUCCUCCAUGUCCUCCUCUUCUUCUUCUGUGGACUCAUCUCCAGAAGUGAGGACAGAGUCAUCCCCACCAACUUUUCUCCACGAUGACCACGACGUAAAUAAAAUUACUGACAGUCGUGGGACUCUAACCACCAGUACGGCAGUUGGACACUCAAAGGGACAGACUAUUGAAAUAAGUUCCAAAGAAUUGGAUGGCAUUAUGAUGUCCCAUGCCGAGUUUUUACAGAAACAAGCUUCAAGCAUGGGGGGAAUUAGCGGUAAUGUUGGUGGUGGCGUCACAUUAAAUACAACCACAAUCACUACGGCCAAUGUCAACGUUAACAUGUCCCCAGACUCGCUUGAACCCGCUAGCUUUGAUAACUGGGUGUAUGUGGAGCAGAAGAAUACGCCAAACGAGUUGACAUUAUGUGCUCAUUCUCAUUCAGAUCCAGAACCGUCGACCUCAUCGUCCAAUGACGACGAUGACAUGCCUUAUAACCGAAAUGGUGCUCUUAGUCCUUCCACAUAUAAGAUGGAAACCGAAUACAAGUAUGCGACUUCCGAGAUGAUGGUCACCAGCUCUCCAAUUCCUUCCGGAGAGCAUUCCCCCACGACGACAACGGUGUAUUCGACCACGAUGACGCUGCCCCAGAAGACGGUGACCCAAAUUACCCUUGGGGAACCCACUGUGGACUCGCAUGGGAGAAUCGUGUCUAAAAUCACCUUGGAGUCGUCACCCACCUCCGCAGACACCACUAACGAAGAAUCUGACUUACCCACUCUCAAACCUACCAAAUAAAUUGGAGUAGUUUGGUCAGAUUUCGUACUUAUCUGCAUACGUUUAAUUCUUUCGGUAGAAAAAUAAUAUUGCGGAAAGAUGUAAAACGGGUUUCCCCCAAUAAUAAUAAGAAAAUAGCACGACAAAGUUAUUUAGUAUGAUGAUCAGGUUUCAGUAGCCGAGGUACUUGAUAAUAUUAUGGCAAUUGAGUAUACAUACAUGUAUAUGAGUAUAUCAGUUUUUUAGGUAUUGAUUAUGUAGUUUAAGUAAUUUACCUCCCACAGUCCACAUCCCACAUUCAUAACUAAUAUUUGCAAUUUUCUUCUCAUGUCUGAGUGGAUAGCCGAGGAUAAAUAAUUCAAAUAACAAACUUAUCACAGCGUUUAAUCGCAAACACAAAUGAUUUUUUUAAAUGUUGCCUUUUGCAAAUGUUACCAUUCAACAUGAAACCAGGUAUAUUGGUAAAGAGGAAUUGAUUUUACAAAUUACAAUAAGCUAGUUUCACCCACCGAAUUUCAAAUCCAGCGAUGCAAAAAAAUGUAUUUUAUGCAUAUAUGUUUUCUUUAAGUAUUGUCUAGUGUACAUAUAUUAAAAAUUUUGAUUUAAAACUUGUCUACACUUAAUUGCACAUUCAUAUGUAACCUCUUCCUGUCCCCAAUUUUUCAAAUAUACAAAGAACAACAAUUUGAAAUGGAUCGGAAUUAACAAGAGUUUACAUACUAUUAAAUAAGUGUGCAUAUGUAUGUAAUGUAGCAUACAUAUAUCGUAAAAAAUUACGAGAUUAAUUAAUUUUUACAAAAAAACCGUCUCUUUCGAGGCGUAAUUUGCAAUUGACAUUCAAAACAUGUAAAUAUCUAACAUUGGGUUUUCAUGCAAAAUCAGGUUUGUAAAUAUACAUCAUACAAAAUGUACAUAUGUACAUAUAGAUAGAUUUAUGUAAAUAUCCUGAACACGUUAACAUUUGUUAGCCAUAAGCUAGAGCAGAGCCAAAGUGCAGAGUGUAUGAAAGCAAUAAAUAAUCUUUGUAAAGUUGUAAAAAAUAGAUGUAUUAAGGUAAUUGAGGUUUGUAAUUUUUGAUAAUCGAGCUUUAAAACCGAAUGAGACAAAGUGGCAUAAUAAAAAUAAUGCGUGAUGUGAUGACGGCCAGUGGUCGACGAGUUCGAGUUCUGUUGAGGGGUGUACAAGUUUUAGUCGUUGUUAUUCUUCAAAUUUCCAUUAUUAUAAAACUAUUUACUUUAAUUUCUGUAAAAAUGUGUAACUCUUAGUGGUAAUGUAUAACUCUUAUUUUGAUUUAUAUCCUCCACAUAUAUAAUUUAAUCCCUAUGAAAUGCUGCAAAAUCAAAUAAUCCGUCCUGGGCACAAUGGAAACUUGAAAAGUUCAAAAUUAUUGUCAAGCCUCAAACAAAUACCGAGCAAAUUCCAAACCGGUUAUCAUUCCAUGGUCCCAGCACGCUCACAUAUUUGACGUCAUACUCCCAAUCACAAUUGGUCACAACUCAAAGUAUUCAAAAUCACUAUUAUGAAUAUGUAUGGUUAAAAUCCGUGAUAAGCUAGUUGCUCAAAAUUAGUCUGCUUUUCACUUAAAAUUCUUAUUCUAUUCGACAGUUUUUAAAUAUUUACUUUAAUUAGCUUUGAAUGCUAAGAAUGCCUUUGUCAAAUCCGUCCGUAUAAUUAUAAUUUAAUGUAUAUGCAAAUAGUUUAAUUAGCAUACAACUUCUUGAAUACUUCGGUUUCGAGAGUUUUGUUAUAAAAUGCCAUGAUAGCUUUCAUUUGUACAUAUAACAACGUUUUUGUCUUAUUAACGUAGUUGAUUACUUAAUUUAGUUGGUUAAAAUCGUGCUGGGCAUAAUGCAAUAUUUUUGUUUCAUACAUAUGUUUGUUGAGAAACGCCAUUUAUCGAUUGUCUUCCUUCAUGUUGAUUCAAGAUGUGAAAAAGUUUAGAAUAAAAUAACCUGCAUAGUUGCACAUAUUUGUACAUUUUUCGAAAAGUACGUAUAUAGAUUUCUAUACUUUCCAAAUAUAAAUUUGUACUGACGUCCUGAGCUGUAUGUGCCAUGAUUAGAAGAGCUGUUGUUUAGUUUUGUUAUGUAAAAUGGAUUGCCAAUUUUUUGCACACUCUUCCUAAUCUCAUCCAUUAUUCGGAUUCAGAUUCUCCCUUUAAUAUUUUUAAUAUCAUUUUAUCAUAAAUAUAUGUAGGUGUUAAUGUGUAGUAGUAAGGCCUUGUGUCAUUUGUGUUUAGCUUUAUUAUUAACCACUUAAAUGUGUCUGUACAUAUGUCAUAUCAUUAUAAAUGCUAGAAAGAAGCAUAAAAUCGACCGAGGAGUUGCCGUUGACGUUGUCCGGUAAAAUGCGUUGCAGCCAAUCAAAAAUGUAGCAUUUGUGAAGAGUACCUGAUUUUCAGGGAAGUUUUGCAUUUGUUUACUGUACAUAGAUUUAUUAUAAUUAUUACUUAAAUAUAAUAUUAAUUUUUAUGUAGAAAGUAUUUUUACUUGUUUAACCCCUGUUUUACGUAUUCCAUUCUAUUUUAAAUUACACUAAACAAGUUCAGAUAUAUUAUUGGCUCUUAAUCAAGUGUGCAAAUGUAUAAUGCACAUGUCACAAAAUACACACGGAAUACAAAAUAUAAAUGUAAACUCUAUUCCAAUAUAUAUAUACAUGUUUUACACUAUAAGUUUGAACGUGGGACUCGUCUAAUUUUUAUUACGAAAAUGUGUAAAUGUUAGUGAAAUGACUCUAAUAAAUCGGUCAAGCAUUGUAAUUAUUA